AUGAAGCGUUCCCGGUCCCGGCGGAAUAGACAUCUGGAAAGUGACUCUAGUGAUGAUGGGGUCACUUGCAGCAGCACCGAAACAGACGAGCAGUGUGAUGCCACGUAUGAGACGGACCUGACCGAGUCGGAGCCGGACGAUAUCCAGACCCCACGAAAACGUCGCCGAUCAGAUGAUAAGAACCACACUGAGUUGGAGCCAACACUAUUCGUCGAGGCUGGAGAAUUAUACGAUGAUCCCCUUGAUGAUACUGGAGUCGACCUCUCCGAGAUCCCCGAAGAUUUUGACAAAGCGGGUGGCACAAUCGUGCGGCGAGAGCGGAUAGAAAUCCGUUGGAAACGGUACUGUCGCAGCAAAACACGACUGGAACCCAAGGAACCAAAAUGGCGGGAGCCCGAGGAGGCCUUGCGCGUGGCUUCGAACAAUGAUCUGUACCGGUUCUUGGGCUGGUGCCUCAAGCUCGAGCGAGGGAAGAAUGGUCGACGGUUAAAAGGCAUCCACAAGUCUAGCUCGUUGGAGACGGACUGGAAGAACCUUCGUGGUUACUACCAAAAGCUGACCAAGAAUAAAAUCAACGAUGAGGAUGGCUCCGAAGUCAGGAGAGGUAUGAAGUUCUUGGUCAAAGAGCAUGGCCUAGAUACACAACCGGGAAAGAAGACGCCAGUUUAUAUCGAAGAUAUCACCCCGUUUAAUGAAACCAUUCUGUCCACACUGGAAAAAAAGUUCCACCUGGGAUUCCAACGCAUCCAGGUGUGCCUCUUUAAUUCCCUCGGUCUGUUCACCGUGCAUCGGAGGAACGCCCUGUUGAGUCUGCAGUUUAAGGAUCUGCAGAUCUCCCUUCAGAAGGAUCCUCGCGGUGGGCCUCCGAUUCCUUUGAUCGAACUGACGCCAGAGGGAACGAAAAAGUUCCUCGGGCUUACCAAAUUGACUACCUUCGCACUCCCCGAAAUAGUCUAUGGUCCGUCGUUGGCGCUGUGCCCGCAUACAUUAUUAUUUGGGAUUUUGUUCCAUGCCAAGGCGUUCCGGAAUCCCAAGUUGACCUCGAAGGCUCAGCUCCGAAAGCUCUUUAUUAGCAAAGGCUGCGAGCAGCUCCUGGUGCCCUUGGACCGGGAGAAGGCGGACUGGUAUAUCUUUUGUAAGACUGAAGUAGUCAAAGGUGUUCCGACCAUCCAGCGGACCCAAUCAAUGUCGAAGUCGACGAUGUCCAGCAUGCUGGUUACAUUUGGGGAGAUCCGCGGGUGGAAAGGGGCGUUUCAUGCACAUCAGUUCCGGUAUGGAAGUGGGAAGGUGAUCAAUGAGAGUGGAUGGGUGAGCAAGGAACAACAUAUGUUAAUUAUGAAGCAUGCCAACCCAAGGACCUUUCUUGACCAUUACCAUCCACUGCAGCUCGACACGGAUACAAUCCGAAUCAUCUGUGGCCUCGAUCCUGAUGUGGAACUAAUGCGGGCCGUCACGCGGCAGAGUCGUUGGCGAGACACGCGACGCCCACGGUAUCUGACCGAGCAACAGAGGGCACAGAUUGAGGAUCAUCCCGAGUUAGAAGAAUCCCGGCGCAAUCUAAGCAAGACCCGAGCCCAGUAUGAGGAGACCCGGCAGCUCGGCCUGCUCCCCCGGAUCCAGCAGCAAGAGAAAGAGGUGAAGAACACGCGAAAACGGUUGCUAAGAGCCUUACGACAUCAGAUCCGAGAGGACUUUGAUGAAGAACAAGCAUUUCUGGAUAUUGAGGCACAGCUGGCUGGCACCGCGGUCGAGGAAGAGAGCGAGGAUGAAUCGACCUCGGACAAUAUGCAUCCGCUCCAGUUGCGUCUAGUGCAGAGUCUUCUUUCCUACCCAAUCUCCAACUCGCUGGAGGAUGAGUGGAAUCGGCGUGAUGCGGGCGCGGAAGCGGUCGUGCAGUAUUGUGAUGUUCCCGAAGGAGGUCCGCUGAAGGGCAGGCCCAGACGGGAGACUUCCAAACCCGCUGCAUCCGACACGCCUAUAGCUAAACCCCAGGCUACACUCCAAGUCGAAGACGGCGUCAGCGCAUGCGAAGUGGUGCCUGUUUCUAAAAAUGGCAAGCCGUUGCGUGCUACCAAGGAAUACAUCGAGGGUUCUGAACUGCCAGAGGCUUGCUUUCAAUGCUUUGCAAAUGAGAGGCUGCCUGAUGCCGUUCGCUGUCGGAUGUUUCACGACGCCGGGUGUGUUACGCGCCACUUUGAUGCUAUUCAUCUAAACGAAGAGCCGCUCAAGUGCAAUUGGUGCGAAGUGACCUUGUUGCAUAAAAUGGCGUUCCAGCGCCACGCUAUCGAUGAACAUCGGGUGCGCAGUCGCUGGCGUUGUCUAGAUCCGGCGAAUCCUGGCAAAUUUUGA